AGAACUCAAUAUAGUCGUGGCUUGAUUUAAAUAGAAGACAGAAUCAGAACGACAAUGAGUUGCCUCCGUCUCUAGUGCGACAAAUCUUUGGCCCCCGGCGUGCGUGAAACAGCGGACCAGCGCGCGACCUGGCCUGUCUGAAAAAGCGGUACAUUCAUCUCCGCCCUCUGUAAUUCGGGAGCAGAGGAAGUCCUCCUGUUUCAAGAUUGAUUAUCGCCGGUUUUUCUCCCUGCCUCCUCUGCAACUGUUGGGUAAUCUAUCAUGAAGACGCUCGGCGCAAACAAAACCACCAGCACUCGUUUGUUUCCGCCAGCAAACAAAAAGCUUUGGUCCUCACCAGCACUCGUUUGUUUCUGUACGAAAAAGAAUAGCAAUAGCUUUUGUCAAAGAGGAAAAAAUCUGCGUUUUUGUCAAAAUCUGGCACACCUGUACUACACAACCGUAGUACAGCAGGACCAGGUUCCUAUUUUUUUUGAAAGGAAGACGACCUGGCGAGGCUGUCAAUUUACUCAAAUCCUGUGGCUUGUAGUUUUGACGGUUGGUGCGCAACAAGCUACAGCUUCGUUUUCCAAAUCUUUCAAAAAGAUGAUGUACUAUGUGAAAAAUGACAACUACAACCACGAAGAUCACGACAGGUAG